GCAGCGCACUCCCCACUCGGGGUCUGGGAGUUGCGACUGGUGAAGACAGCUCCUGGCUCUGAUUUUCUCUUCGUCUCUCUUACCUGUUUACACAAGGAGCAAGACAUGACAGUUGAGACUGUUAAGCAUCGCGAUGAUUUCCAUCAUAAUCGUUUUCACAAAAUAGUUCUUAGCUGGGACUAUCUACGCCUCCUCAAGGAAUCCGACCAGAAGAACUCCAGAGAAAAUGGGGCUGCUCUGGGUCUGAACAAAAUAAAAGAUACUUACAAAGACGUUAACGAAUAUAUUGGCACCUUCGAGCCGCUCCUGUUCGAGGAGGUGAAAGCCCAGGUCGUUCAAGGAAAAGACGAUGAAGAGGCGUCGGAAUGGACUGGAUGUGUUACAAGGGGAUGCAGUGAGGUUGAUGGGUUUCUGAAAGUAAAAUUGGGCUAUAAUUCUGACGAGUGCAAGGCAAUAUCGGAUAAUGAUCUUGUGUUACUUUCCAAAGAACAGUUUCAAGAGGGGGCAACACUUCCGAAUACCUAUGCUUUUGCAUUUGUGGAAAAUCGUGAGGGCAAGGAUCAUAUUCAAGUUCGCAUGUUUCUGGCUGGAGAGGUAAAACAGAUCAGUGUAGAUGAAACUGAACCUAGUGCAAGGCUAUUGAGUAUGCGUACCAUUGUUAAAGAACUAGACAAAUUCUUGUGGAUGCUGAAGAUUUGCAGUUUAUCAACUAUUCUUCGUGAAUAUGCGGCUCUGCGGUCUGUUGGCUCCCUUCCAUUCAAGGAUUUAAUAUUGUCGGCUGCUGAAAGGGAUGCAUAUCCUGAAGAUCGGGCCUGGAAAAUUCCUAGAGCACUUAUGGAGUUUCUUGAAAGUAAUCAUAAUACAUCGCAACUUGAAGCCAUACGUGCAGGCCUGUCACGUAAAACCUUUGUCUUGAUACAGGGUCCCCCAGGAACAGGGAAAACUCAAACCAUCCUUGGGCUCCUUAGUGCUAUUCUGCAUGCAACACCAGAAAGAGUGCAAUCCAAGGGAGCAUUGCAUGAUGCUAAACGUCGGCCUCUACUUCCCAUUGAGGAGAAAUACAGGCACUGGAACAAUGCAUCUCCAUGGUUGACAGAUAUUAAUCCUAGAGAUAAAAUCAUGCCCAUUGAUGGCGACGAUGGCUUUUUUCCAACCACUGGCAAUGAGUUGAAACCUGAAGUAGUUAAUUCACAUCGCAAAUAUCGUGUUCGUGUGUUGGUUUGUGCUCCAUCCAACUCUGCACUAGAUGAAAUUGUGUUGCGCCUUCUAAGCACUGGUAUUCGUGAUGAAAAUGACCAUACAUAUAAUCCAAAGAUAGUGCGAAUUGGUCUAAAGCCACAUCAUUCUGUUCAAGCAGUAUCCAUGGAUUAUCUUGUGCAACAAAAACUUUCUGGCAUGGAUCAUUCUAUAGCUGAUACACGAAAACCUGGUGCUAGACCACAAGAUCUGGACAAUGCCCGUGCUUCCGUUCUUAAUGAAGCAGCCAUUGUUUUCUCAACCCUUAGUUUCAGUGGUUCACAUCUUUUCAGUAAAUUGAAUCAUGUUUUUGAUGUCGUUAUAAUAGAUGAAGCUGCUCAAGCUGUGGAACCAGCAACUCUUGUCCCAUUAGCUAAUGGAUGCAAACAAGUAUUUCUGGUUGGUGAUCCAGUUCAAUUGCCAGCAACUGUAAUAUCUCCUACUGCUGAGAGAUUCGGAUAUGGCAUGAGCUUGUUCAAGAGAUUCCAGAGGGCUGGUUAUCCGGUUCAGAUGCUGAAAACCCAAUACCGCAUGCAUCCAGAGAUAAGAAGCUUUCCUUCAAGGGAGUUCUACAAUGAGGCUUUGGAAGAUGGACCUGAUGUCAAGGACCAAACUGAACGUUCAUGGCAUGCUUACCGUUGUUUUGCACCAUUUUGCUUCUUUGAUAUAGAAGAAGGGAUUGAAUCACAGCCUUCUGGAAGUGGUUCUUGGAUAAAUGUUGAUGAGGUCGAGUUUAUUCUCCUCAUGUAUCAUAAAUUAGUGACAAGAUUUCCAGAGCUGAAGUCUAGCUCUCGAUUAGCCAUUAUAUCUCCUUACAGGCAUCAAGUGAAGCUGUUCCGUGAACGUUUCCAUGAUACUUUUGGUGUGGAAUCAGAUAAAUUAGUAGAUAUAAACACAGUUGACGGAUUCCAGGGCAGGGAAAAAGAUGUUGCAAUCUUUUCAUGUGUAAGGGCAAGCAGUGAUAAAGGUAUUGGGUUUUUGGCGGACUUCCGGCGAAUGAAUGUUGGGAUUACCAGAGCAAGGUCUUCCGUCUUGGUGGUAGGCUCUGCAUCAACACUAAGGCGAGCAGAUAAGCAUUGGCGGAAUCUGGUGGAGAGUGCUGAACAGCGAAAUUGUCUCUUUAAGGUUUUGAAACCCUACAAAUCAUUCUUCACUGAUGAGAACUUAAAAUCCAUGGAAGUGAAGCACCAAACCAUGCUUGAAGCAAUGGAAAACCAACUUGAUGAGAUUGAAAAUACUGGAGUCCUCUUUGGUAAUCCUGUUGGUGUUGGUGAGGGUGAUCAAGGACAAAUGGAUGAAGAUGACUAUGGAGAUGGAGAUGAUGGGGGCUUUGAUGAGGACUAGUCCCAUAUUUCGUCAAACUGCUCUGCGUAAAAGUCCCACCUUAACAUGGUGUGGUAGGUCUCAGAAAAUACUUGCAGCUUGUGGUUUGGUGGUAAUGUCUGUAAAACUGGAUCGAAGGUCACAGUGGAAGGCGAAGUCAGGAAUAGUUAUACCAUCAGAUCAUUCACUAAUUAUUGACCCAGGAUAUUGGUCAUUUUCUUUUGCCUGGUUCACUGGUCCACUCCAAUCCGGUUUUGGAACAUUGAUUGGUGAGCAGUGGAAGAGGAAUGUUGUACCAAAACUUGGCUAUAUGUAUAUUGAGAUUUACACAUUUGUUUAUUACUUUAUUUAGCAUUAACACAACUGAUUUAUUGAGAACAAAAACCCUGUCUGAACUAUGUAGUAGAGCAUUGUAAAUUUAUUAUAAAAUUCUUUAA